GCGAGGCUCUCGGCCUUGCAGCGAGCUUGCCUCUAAGCCAGGUCUCUUACUUAUCAAACAUCCUAAGUGCCUCUGAGUUUGCUGAAUUGAUAAAAGUCACAUACUCAAGCCUAUAAAAAGCAUCAGGACAGGAAACGAAGGCUUGACUGCCCGAGCCUGUUUUUCAUAAGUUAUGGGUGGCCAGGUGCCAAAGGCCUAAGCUUAUUGGACGCCAACGAUGGAUAGAAAUUGACGGGGCGCCGCGCCUGAAAUGACGACGGCGUUGCCCUCAGUCCACCGCGGAGGGUCUGAACUCCGCCUGGGCACGCCCUCUGCGCACAGCUUGCCACCGCAGCCAGGCCCGCCCAUCACCGUCAACAGCAGCUGGACUGCGCGCUUCGCAGAGGAGGGCGCGUGCGAUGCCGGGCUUGGUGGCGGCGCGGGCGGCGGCGGCGGCGGCCUGGUCGGCGCGGGUCCCAGCAGCUACCCCUCCAUGGCGUCGCUGUCGCUGGGGGCCACCGGCGGCAGCCUGGCCAGCAGCCUGGGGCAGGCGGCGCAGCAGCUGCCCACCACACCUGAGGGGUUGCAUCGAUACCUGAAGAACCGUGUCCAGGCUGCGGCGCCGCCGGUUAGCAACCCGCUGGGCUUGUCGGCAGCCAACGCGCCCUACCCCUUCUUCUACUCGCCGCCACCGGCUCCGCUUUCGUCUGCCGCACCCUACGCGGUCAUUACCGUGACCUCGCCGCCGCGCUCACCGGACCGGCUGGGCCGGCCAGAAGCCGGCGGCGGCGGUGGAGACGGCGGCGGCGACCCCAUUCCGGAGCGGUCGGGCACUUCAUCCGCGUUGGGGUUCUCGCCCGGCAGCACGGGGCGCAUGAUUGGCCAUGACGCAUUCGUGAGCCGGCCCGCCACCUCCAGCCAGUACGAGCGCAUGCGGCUGUUCACCGGCACCAGCCAGGGACUGCGGCCGCCCCGGCAGCCCCACGCAGCAGCAGCAGCAGCAGCAGCAGUAGCAGCUGGCAGCAACAACAGCAGCGCGCCGCUGUCGAUGUCGCUGCCGGCCACCCCGAGCCACUCGGCCGGGCGGGGCGGCGCCGGCGCCGGUGGCGGCGGCGGCUUGAACGGCAACGCCUCCUGGUGGGGAUCGGGCUCGGCGUUUGGCUCGGCGUUUGCGUCGCUGCCCUCUCCCUCGGGGCCGCCACAGAUGCAGAGUCCGGACGUGUUCGCCGCAUCCCUCACCUCCCUAGCGGCAGCGAACGCCAUGGCAGCACCAGGGGCGCCCGCAGCGGCGGCGGCACCCGCCGUGGACCAGCCCGCACCCGGCGUUGGCUCGGGGCCGCCAGCGGCGCCGGUGGGGCGCGAGCGCGCCAUUUCGCCGCGCCCGCAUAACGCGCACCCGGCGGGCCCGGCUGCUGCUGCCGUGGCGCUGCUGGCGACGGGGCAGCACACCGCGCGCCACGCGCACUCCUCAGCGCAGGGCUACCGACUGGAGCGCCUGGUGGCCCUGGAUGUGGAGCAAGCCAUUUCGGCGGCCCCCUCACCCAAGGCCGUGGCCACCCUGACCCCGGGGUCACUCGACGGCAUGGGGCACCCGGUGCUCAUCGGCGCCGACGGCACGCGCAUCCACCGCCGCAUCAACCAACACCUGCCCGGCGCCACCGCCAGCCGCAUGCAGGCGCGCGGCGACUGGUCGUUCCUGGAGGCGGCGGCGGCGGAGGCGGCGGAGCUGGAGGGGGAGGAGGCGGACGACGGCAGCCAAGACCUGGGGGAAGGCGAGGGGGGCUUCGCGGCCCGGCCACACACGUCGCCCAUGCUGCCGCGCAUGGGGCAGCGGCUGUGCACAGCCGGCGGGCCGCCGGGCACCGCGCGCGGGGGCACCAGGUUGCGAGCCGGUGGCGGCGGCGGCGGCGGGCCCGGGGGCGCAGGCGCCGCGCAGGGCGGUGGCGGCGGCGGCGGCGGCAAGCUGGCGCGGUCCUGGUCCUCGCCCAUGCGCAACCGCCGCGCCGGCGGCGGCGACGGCGGCGCCGCCACGGCCGCUGGCGGCGGCAUGGUUGCUGAGGCUAGCCGCGCCGGCCGCGUCAGUCAGAAGGGCAACGGGCUGGUGGCGGAGGCCAGCGCCGCCGGCCGCGGCGUCGCCGACGGCAGCGGCGGCGGCGGCGGCGCCGCCGGCUCCAUGCGUGGCACGUCCAGCGGCACGGCACCGCCGCCGCUGGCACCGUUGGGCGCGGAUGCGGCGCCGGUGGGUGUGAGCGGCGCGGAGCUGACGUCGCCGCGGACGACGGGCGGCCUGCUGGCGCUGAUCAACCCGGUGGGGGAGGGGCCGCUGGCGGCGCCCAAGUGGCUGGGCAUGUACAUCCCCAAGGAGGACCCGCUGGGCCUGUGGACAGGCAAGCGCAUGAGCAAGACGGAGGUGGUGAUUGAGAAGCGGCUGUUCGCCAUGCGCCACAACCCCGCCAUGCGCAUGGAGCUGGAGGGCCGCGCCACGGACGCGCUCAAGGAGCGGGCGGCGGCGCAGGCCGAGGUGGCGGCGGUCAGCAGGGCGAGGGAGGAGGAGGCGGCGGCGCGCAAGGCGCAGCUGAAAGCGGAGGUGGAUGCGCGGCGGCGCGGGCUCACUCGCAGCCGCAGCCGCAGCCCGGGCCCCGGCGGUCGCGGCCUGACGCGUGAGGCCAAGGCGGCGCUGGAGCGGCAGCUGCUGAUGGAGGCGGCCAGCGAGCCGCGCGGGCCGCUCAGUCGGGACGAGGCGGCGGCGGUGGUGCAGGCCACAUGGCGGAUGUACGUGCAGCGCCGCGCGUUCCUGCGGUUCCGCGCCACCGUGAUCAAGAUCCAGCGCGUCAUGCGGCUGCGCUACUGCGUGGUGCGCGUGCGGCGCCGCCACCGCGCCGCCGCGCAGCUGCUGCUUGACUUCCUGCUGGCCACGGGCGGCACGCGGCAGGCGGCGGCCAUGGACCUGAGGGAGAUCCACUCCAACUACAUCCGUCGCAAGUUGCUUGAGAAGAAGGGCGACCUGCGUCACAACACGCGGGUGGCGGUGCUCGUGCGCGAGUGGGACACAGUGGAGGGACGCAUCCUGGCGCUGGGGACCCGGGGAGCGCGAGCAGCCGCCGGCAACCUCCGGGUCGCGGCCACCGCCGCCGUCGCCGCCACCGGCUUCGCCGCCGCCGCAGGCGGCGGCGCCUCCGGCGCCGGGACGGCGCGGAGCACUGCCGGCGGCGGCGGAGGGGGAGGCGGAGGCGGCAGCGGUCCUAACACGGGUGUGGGUGCUGAUGCCAAGGAGUUGUUGGCGGCUGUUGCGGGUGACGCCAAGGGCGCGGCGCACGGCACCCGGCUGCUGGGCAAGGCGCUGGAGGCACGGAAGAAGGGCGUCAUGCUGGUGGCGGAGGGCAAUGAUGCGGACCUGAACAAGCAGCUCACAGUGGACCACGCGCUGGCGCACGUGGCCGCCACGGACCGGGUCAUACAGGGGAACCGCGAGCCUGUGCCGGGCGAGGUGAAGGCUGCAGUGGCGGCCUGCUACCUGGAGCACAAGGCGGCAGCCUACACCGCAUUAAACGGCGUCAUCUGGCUGCGGCGUGCGCGCUGGUACUCGUUCUACAAGCAGCAGCAGCAGCUGGCCAUGGCGCGCAGUGUGGUGGCCACGGGCAGCGCCUUCCAGGCCAUGGACGAGUUGGCGCUGGAGGCCACGGUCAAGGCCAUUGGGCCGCUGCCCACGCUGCCUCGCAUGCGGGUCACGGCCACCCUGCGCGAGCUGCGAGCCCUGAUGCAGGCGGGCGUGCAGGAGGCGGCCCUGUUCACAGCGUACAUGGUCAAGGGUGGAAUUCACGAGCUGGAGAAGAAGCUGCACUCCGAGCUGCUGAUGCGCUCCUCCUUCGGCCGCUUCCUCAGCCAGUCCAACAACGACUCCCCGCGGGAGUCCUCCAGCGGCCUGGCAGCAGCGCCCAGCCCCAGCGGCGGCUUCGGCCCCGGCGGCGGCUUCGGCCCUCGCCCACGCGUCUCCAUCAACGGCCUCAGCGGCCCGCCCGCGCUCAUGGGCUCCCCCGGCCUGGGCGGCAGCGGCGGCGGCAGCGGACCCGCCACUGGGCCGUCAUCGCCGCGCGGCCGCCGCACCAGUGUGGCCGGCAACGGCCGGGUCAGCAUGAUGGGAAUGGCUGGCGAACCCGGCGGCGGUGAUCGUGGCAGUGGUGGCGGCGCCAACCCGCUCCGCGCGUCCAUGCCUACGCUGCCCUCGGCCGCGUCCGGGGCGCUGGGUGGCGGUGGCGGGGACGCGCCGCGGCCGGCGGCGGCGUCGGCUCUGGCGAGCGGCCGCAGCAGGAAGAGCAUGUUGGGCGGGCUGUCGCGAGUGCGCAUCGACCCGUUGGUCGGCGGCAACUCGGCCGUUGACCUGGAUACCAUAUCAGAGGCUGGCUCGAAUACGUCAGGUAUGACCGGCAUGACCAACGUCUCCACCGCCGCCGUGGCCUCCGCCUCCGCGUCCGCCUCGCGCGCCCGCUUCCUCGCCAGCCAGCCUAGCCAAAAGGCCGGCGUGGCUCAACUCAAGGAGCGCUGGUGGCGCGACGCAGUUGUGCGACUGGACGCAACGCUGAAGAAGCGCUACAAGCUGAAUGCGGUGAGCCUGGUGGCAGCGCUGGAGGACCGCGCGGCGCCCAACACGGAGCUGUUUGCGGCGCGUCUGGCGGAGGUAAACGCCAAUCCGGAGAAGGCGGAGGCGCUCCUGGCGGCACUGCCAGGCGCGGCGGUGUGAGGAACGGGUUGAGGCGGUUAUUACGGAAAGGAAGGAAUGGAAGGGUUGCGGCACCGUGUUUGCGUGUAGCGGUUGUAGGUAGGUGUGGUGGUGGUGGUGGUGGUGGUGGUGGUGGUGGUGGUGGUGGUGGUGGUGGUGGUUGCCUUGGGGCCUGUACGGGUGGUGGCUCGUGGGCCGGUGUUGUGCUGUGGUGUGAGUCAGCUCGGGCUCAUUUGGGACGAGUGGUGCAGUGGGGACGAGGGAUCAGGUGCGUGUUGGUGUGUGAGGGGGCGGGUGCCCCGCUGAUGCAUCAGCUGAUGACAACCGCUGGCGGAUGUGUGCAGCGCAACAGCUAUGAUUGUGCCGGGGGCGCUGGGACGACGCACGGUGUGAUACAGGACUGGUGGGAGAGGCCAAGGGAGGAUGGCUGCAUGGAACUGGCUGGUGGGGGUCGCAAUUUGGCAUUGGCAGGACUGCAGUGUGUUUUGAGGCAUUACACAGACGCAGGUUUGGGCUGUCGCAUGAUGCAUUUAGCUUUGGAGCAACAGACGCUGUUGAGCAAUUUGAACGCACGCUUGGCCGUUGUGGCUCGCAAGUAUAUGACCCACGACCAGUUUCGCGGUGUUGCUAGCAAUGUCUUGCUGAUGGCCGCUGAAUUGCUUAUGCCAGUAGGCAAACGGUUAGCGCGCGUUGACAAAUGAAGUGUAGUGGCGUGUGCGUGAGUUUGAACGCUCCCGCGGCUGACCCAUGACCAAUAAGUGACGAAUGGCCUGGCGAAGUGAAACGAGGACAAAGCAGGCAACAGCAGAGGCUUCAGGCAGGCAGGACGGAGCUCUUAAGAACUUGGGAGGGGUAGAUGGCGGUGGUGUUCAGAAGAGGGCGCUUCCCUGGGCAGUGGACAUACAUGAAAGAGAUGGGAUAUUCAUAAUAUGCCAGGGGUGCUUCUUCUUUUUUGGGUGCGUGCAGACCGUGUUGGCGGUGGACCGGAUUCCGCACUUCUUGCCCAGGCCGUGACGUUCACGGCCGGGUCCCCAUCCCGCAUCACGCUUAA